ACUGAGUUCGAAGCGCGGACGUCGCGACACACACACAGACACAGACAACAUGAGGAUUAGUGCACGAUUCGCGAUUUUGGCCCUUUGCAUAGCGUAUGCUCAGGCGGGAAUUCUUCUGCAACAUGCGCCGGCCUGUCCCGAAUCCUAUGGAGUUCAGGCUUACGCCCACCCUGAGCUCUGUGACCAAUUCUUCCUGUGUACAAAUGGAACCCUCACUGUAGAGACGUGUGAGAACGGUCUCCUGUUCGACGGUAAAGGCGCUGUACACAAUCACUGCAAUUAUCACUGGGCGGUGGAAUGUGGAGAGAGAAAGGCUGACUUAACGCCAUACUCAACCCCCGGUUGCGAAUACCAGUUUGGUAUUUAUCCCGACAGCGAGGAAUGUUCAACCAGCUACAUCAAGUGCGCCUUCGGAAUACCCCAUCAAGAACCUUGUACACCCGGUCUCGUAUACGAUGAACGCAUCCAUGGCUGCAAUUGGCCUGAUCUUCUGCAACCUUUCUGUAACCCCGAAGCUGUAGUCGGCUUCAAGUGCCCAACUAAAGUACCCGCAAACACCCAAUCAGCCAAGUUCUGGCCUUUCCCUCGCUUCCCAGUGCCAGGCGACUGCCAUAGACUGAUCACCUGCGUGGAGGGCAACCCUCGUCUUAUCACCUGCGAAGAAGGCAAGGUCUUUGACGACCAGAACCUGACCUGCGAAGAUCCUGAAUUAGUGCCCCACUGCGCGCACGCGUGAUUUGUUAAUCUAUAAAAAAUAUUAUAAAACGAAAACGAAUAAGUCCUUCAUCUAAGGCUAAACAAAUAUGAAUCUAGAUAUAUGAAAUAAUACUAUUUUGUUUCUAAUAAACUACAGGUAAAUAAUUUCAAAUUCACUUUUCAAAACACAUACAUUAUUACUUUUUAAAAUAAUAAAUCAUAUUUACGAUGACGGUAGUUAACUACUAUUGUCAAAUAUCAUUCUAGCAAUAAUUCGAAUGAACACGAUUAUGUUAUUUCGUUUUCGUUUUGUGAUACAUAAAAUACAAUCUGGAAUUUUUUCCACCGAUUCCUAUUUAUUACUUAAAAUUGCUUCAUAUUUUUUUACAUCCUUACUACAAAAUAUAAAAAAUAUAUCAAUUAAAAUGUUAGGUCAUGUGCCUACAAUUUGCGUGAUAUUAGUUACCAUAGAAUUACAGUACCCAUUAUGAUAAAAUAUCUUUGUAUAUAUAUUUUUAACAAAACAAUGUAAAUAUAUUUACCAAUAAAACUGAAAAUGUAAAUAGAAAAAUACUAUAUAUGUUAAAUAAUAAAAUGUUUAAAA